AUGGAAGACUCCAUGAGUUCUAUUCAAGAGAAGCGCAGGUCUGAAGGCCACUCUGAUGGUAUACUUCCCGAAGAGGGAACCUCAUACCCCGACAAUGAGGUUGUGGUAGUGGACGACGAUGGCACUGUCGUUAAUGCAUCUGGCUGGCAGGAUCAGCUGGACCGGCAGUACGGGCUACUCAGUUUAUGCGGUAUUGCUUUGACAGUGGAUAAUGCUUGGGUUGCCUUGGGUAGUUCUAUUUCGGUUUCUAUAGCAAACGGCGGACCCCCUGGCCUUAUUUUCAGUCUCAUAGUUGCCGGAGCAUAUUACUCCGUUAUUGGUCUCAACCUGGCAGAGUUUGCAUCAGCCAUCCCAUCGGCAGGCGGCGUAUAUCACUGGGCUACAGUCACUGGAGGCCCCCGUUGGGGCAGAAUACUCGGAUUCUACGCAGGUUGGAUCAAUUUCUUCGGCUGGAUGUUCGAUCUUGCUUCCCUCGUGCAAAUCACAGCAAAUAUCACGAUCCAGAUGUACACAACAUACCACCCGGACUAUGUCGGGCAGCCGUGGCAUAUCUACGUCACCUACUUGUUGAUCUUAUGGAUAAGUGCAUUUGUCGUCAUCUUUGCAAAUCGUUUAUUGCCUUAUUCACAGUAUGCGGGUAUGUUCUUCGUUAUUGUCGGCGGAGCAGUGACGAUUAUUGUGUUGGCUGCUAUGCCUAAAACGCAUGCCUCUUCGCAUUUUGUUUGGGGCUCUUUUGACGAGAAUAAUCUUACCGGAUGGACUGGUGGCGUUGCGUUCCUUUGCGGAGUUCUCAAUGGAGCUUUCACUAUCGGUACUCCUGAUGCAAUUACCCAUAUGGCUGAGGAACUUCCUCAUCCUAAGAGGGAUUUACCGAAAGCUAUCGGAUUGCAGAUUGGAUUAGGAUUUCUUUACGCAUUCUGCUUCGCCAUUGCUCUAUGUUACUCAAUCACCGACCUGAACGCCCUCUUGUCUGGAGUCAACGGCUAUCCUCUUGCUACAAUCUACUCACAGGCCACCAAUAACAACAGAGGAGCUACUUUUGGGUUGCUUUUUAUCAUCUUCUGGUCAUCUUUCCUGUGUACCAUCGGCACUGUACUAACUAACUCUCGUAUAUACUGGUCCCUUGCACGCGACAACGCCGUCCCACUAUCCUCUCUAUUCGGCAAGGUCAAUGAAAGCCUCAGCUGCCCUGUCUACGCAACCUUGCUAUGCGUAAUCUUCGCAACUGGCCUCGGCGCAAUCCCACUCGGCAGUAGCACCGCCUUCAUCGAUCUAACAGGCUCAUUCAUCAUCCUCACAACAGUAUCCUACGCAAUCCCCAUUGUCACAAACAUGUUGACGGGUCAGAAAUAUCUUCCCAAGGGACCUUUUAAACUAGGCAAGACUACAAGCACAAUCGUGGGUUGGGCAGCUGUCAUUUUGAUUUCAUUUUUUAAUGUGUUUUAUUGUUUCCCUUUUUCAAUUCCUACCACGACCGCGUCCAUGAAUUAUAACAGUGUUAUUCUUGUGGGAGUUAUUGCUUUGACGAGUAUCUGGUGGAUGGCUCAUGGGGUCAAGCACUACCCUGGCCCACGGUUGACGCAUUUGUAUAUUCAUGAGGGGACUGAGCAGAUCAGUCACGUACCUGAUAUCCCUGUACAGUCUCAAUCAGAGAAGACUGUGCCAGGUAGCGAUUGAGCGUGAUACCGAAUUUGAAGGGGCGAAUGUCAGUUUGCUAAUCUAUGAAUAGGGUUAGGGCUUGUAGCUCGCAUAUUCAUACCGCGCAAACUACAAUGUACGUAUAUACAUAUAUAUUAAAAAGAU